AUGGCUGUCCUUAAAGUGAAAUUCACUAGGAACAAGAGGGACAAGCUGGCUCAGGUGCUAUGGGUCCUGAACUGGGUUUCUGUGGUGACGGGCAUCAUCUUGUUCAGCCUGGGCCUCUUUCUGAAGGUGGAGAUCAAUAAGCAACGGGAGGUGAUGUCCGACCGGGAUAUACACUCUGUACCCAACAUGCUGAUCGCCGUCGGGCUCAUUGCCUGUGGCAUUAACUUCCUGGGUGGCAAAAUCUGUUAUGACUGUGUGGACACCACCAAGUUUCUGCGCUGGAAACUGCUGAUGCUGCCUUACAUCAUCUGCACCUUCUUCUUCACCUUCUGCAUCCUGGUGGGGGCGCUAAUGUGUUACACGAUGCGCAACGAGCUGGAAGAGUCCCUGAACCUGGGGCUACGCGACGCCAUGCGCUACUACAAGGACACGGACAUGCCAGGCCGCUGCUUCCUCAAGCGUACCUUGGACAUGCUCCAGAUCCAGUUCCAGUGCUGUGGAAAUGGAGGCUUCAAGGACUGGUUUCAUAUCCAAUGGAUCAGCAACCGCUACCUGGACAUGUCCAGCAAGGAGGUGGUGGAUCGACUGAGGAGUAACGUAGAGGGGAAGUACCUGAUGGAUGGGGUCCCAUUCAGCUGCUGUAACGUCUACUCCCCCCGACCCUGCAUCCAGCAGCAGAUCACAAACAACUCGGCCCACUUCAACUACGACUACCAGACCGAGGAGCUGAACCUGUGGAGGAAGGGCUGUAGGGAGUCCCUGCUGGAGUAUUACACCCAGAUCAUGCAGUCCAUCGGGUUGACGGUGCUCAUCAUCUGGCUCUUUGAGAUCUCCGUGCUGACGGGGGUGCGCUACCUCCAGACCGCCAUGGAGAACGUCCUGCGGCAGGGAGACCCGGACUGCGAGUGCGACGGCUGGCUGCUGGAGAACGGCUUGGUGGAGACGGCCCGCUCCAACUUCAACAUCAUCAAGAACCUGGGCAAGUGCAAUCAGAUCGACACCGCUAACAACGGAGACCCCAACAUCGACGUCCCCUUAACCGCCCACUACGGCCCAGACAAUGUCCCGCCCAAAGAAAUCCCACUGGCCAACUAA